AGAAAUGCUGUCACGUGACCGUCAACUUUCACCCAGGAUGUCUACCUCUAGACUUCCCCUUAGCAACCGGCUGGCCGCGCUUGGUUCCCUUAGCAACCGAGCGAAGCAUCUGCUGCAUGGAACCAGUCCGGUAGCCGGCGCUUCAGACGGGGCUUUGUUUUUCAGAUUCAAAUGAUCCCAAGUUCUUGUUCCACUGGACAACUCUGGUUUUGUUUCUCCGUGAGGAGGCUGCUCCAUUGACAGUGGUGUAAAACUCGCUGCUGCUUUUCCCAUUUCCUACCUCUGGUCUUCACCAACAACACCAUUGUCAGGGAAAAUGAACUGGCUGUACGACUCAGUGGAGCCAAGAGUGAUGGACGAGGACAUGCUCAAGCUGGCUGUGGGAGAACAGGGCCCACGGGACGAGGCUGGGCAGCUGGCCAGGCAGGAGGGCAUCCUCUUCAAGGAUGUGCUUUCACUGCGGCUGGACUUCCAAAACAUCCUCCGCAUAGACAGCCUCUGGCAGUUUGAGAACUUGAGGAAGCUACAGCUGGACAACAACAUCAUCGAGAAGAUCGAGGGCCUGGAGCGUCUGGUACACCUGGUCUGGCUGGACCUGUCCUUCAACAACAUCGAGGCCAUUGAGGGGCUGGACACACUGGUGAACCUGGAGGACCUGAGCUUGUUCAACAACCGGAUCUCCAAGAUCGACUCUCUGGAUGCCCUCGUCAAGCUACAGGUGUUGUCGCUGGGCAACAACAAGAUCAGCCACAUGAUGAACAUCAUCUACCUGCGGCGGUUCAAGGACCUGCGGACGCUCAGCCUCUCUGGAAACCCCAUCGCGGAGGAGGAGGAUUACAAGAUGUUCAUCUGUGCCUACCUUCCUGACCUCGUGUACCUGGACUUCCGGCGCAUCGACGACCACAUGGCAAAGCUGGCAGAGAUCAAACACCAGUACGGCAUCGACGAGCUGAAGCAGCGAGAGAACCUGAUUCAGGCCCAGCUGGAUAAUGAGCGGGCCCAGCGGGAGGAGCUGGAGGAGCACAAGGCCGCGUUCGUCGAGCACCUGAACGGCUCCUUCCUGUUUGACAGCAUGUACGCUGAGGACGUAGAGGGCAACAAGCUGGCCCACCUUCCCGGCGUCAGCGAGCUCCUUCAGGCCUACAAGGACAAAUUCGUCAUCAUCUGCCUGAACAUCUUCGAAUAUGGCCUGAAACAGCAGGAGAAGCGCAAAGUGGAGCUUGACACCUUCAACGAGUGUGUCCAGGAGGCCAUCCAGGAAAACCGGGAGCAGGGUAAACGCAGGAUUGCCAAGUUCGAGGAGACGCACUUGCUGAGUUUCAAUGCCAUUCGAGAUGAGUCCGAGGCGACCAACCUCGAGAUGAAGGUAGCGGAACACAGCAAGGACAUCACUGAGCUGUUCAACGUGCUCACGACACUGGAGAUGCAGCUGGUCGAGCAGCUGGAGGAGACUAUAAACAUGUUUGAAAGGAACAUCAUGGACUUGGUGGCACUCUUUAUUGAAAACGUCCAAAGCCUGAUGGCUCAGUGCCGGGACCUGGAGAACCACCACCACGAGAAGCUCCUGGAGAUCUCCAUCAAUACCCUCGAGAAGAUACUGAAGGGUGAGCUGGACGAGGACCUGCCCUACGACGUGCGCGCUCUUUUUGUCGACAAAGACACGAUCGUUAAUGCUGUUGGGACGUCGCAUGACCUCCACCUCCUGAAGAUCGACAAUCGAGAAGAUGAGCUGGUGACGCGGACCAACUCUUGGUGCUCACACUUAGUGGACGCGAUCCACAAGGAUGAGAUCAUGAGGAACCGCAGGCGCAUGAAGGAGAUCCAUCAGUACGUCGACCAUGUACAGAACGAGCUGGACAACCUGGAAUGCAGCGAGAUCAUAGAUUAGGGCCGCGCCAGCCCAGACGGUUCUUCCCGAUACAGCCCUCAGCCCAAGGGCACACUCACUCGACCGACAGCCUCAGAAGCAUUUCUGGGAAUUUCUCAACCCAGAACCCUCCUAACCCCAUUCUUCCCCCACCCCUGGGAAGGGUAGAGAAAAAUAAAGAAUUAUGUCAUCUUUU